GUGAUAUUUAUUAAACUAUGUAUUGUCCACCGCAAGGACCUUAUGGAACAAAUCCUCUCUAUGGAUAUCAAGGAUAUCAGACUUAUCAGCAGAAUUUGCAAGCGCCGCCUGGUUAUGUUCCUAAUGCUGUACAGUCUCAGUCUGUAGGAUAUGGGCUUCCAACAAAUAUAUCGAAAAUAGACUUUAAUGCACCGGUUAUUCAUUUUGGAACAAAUGUUAAUCAAAUGAAGCCUCAGGCUGCUGUAAUCACAUCUGCUCCUGUACUUGUAUCGAGAACUGCUGCUGUUCGUGAUACUCCGAGUCUUUUACAGCCACCUACUGUAGAACAACAACUUAGAACGUUAUUUAUUUGUUCUAUUCCUGAUUAUUUGGAUGACUUUUGGAUUGAUAAAAUAUUGAAAUCUGUUGCGAAGUUGAAAGAAUGGAAAAGAGCUAGUAAUGCGACUGGCUCUCUUCGGAAUUUUGGAUUUGCAGAAUAUGAUGAUCCUGAACAUGUACAGAGGGCUAUUAUAGCUUUAGAAAAUCUUGUUAUUCCUCCUCUUAAAGGAGAUGGAGAAGGUUCUAAAAUUAUGGUGGUAGUUGAUCAAAAAACUCGUGAAUAUUUAGAUGAAUGGAAUGAGACAAGGGAGAACAAGAAUCCACAACGAGAUCGAAGUCUUAUUAUGCAAGCUAAGAGCAAUCUUACUAAAGUUCUUGAAGAUUUUAAAGAUCCUAAUAAACGAGAUCCAAAAAAAACAUCUUCUGAAGAUAGCUUUAGGGAUUUACAAGCUUCUGAAAGCAAAGAUACAUCUAAGGUGGUUACUGUAACACUUAAUGUAGAUGAUGAACUAGAAGAUAUACCUGUAGAGCACCGUGAGGCUGUUGCUCGUGAAAUAUCUUCCUUUAGAGAAAGAUCUGAAAGAAGAGAACAUGAGAAGUUAAAAAGGGAGGAAGAGACGGAAAGGAGAAGAUUAGAGCUCGAAAGAAUGUCUGGAUUGUUUGUUUCCUCUAAAUUUGCUUCUCAAUCAAAUAAUUCCAUUAGUCAAAGAGCAAGAAAUAAUAAUAUUCAACCUCCAAAUUAUUCUGACGACCUUUAUGGUCAGAUGUCGAAAGAUUAUCAAAAAUCAAUAACAUUUGUAUCAAAGGAAAGUAACGGUUAUGUUCAGAGUCAUGAAGAUGAACUAGAUGAUACAAGAACAUGUGAAGAAAUAGAGAAAGAAAGAAGAAAUAGAAAACAGAAAGAGCUGGAAGCUGCAUUUCAAGAGAGAGAAAAAAGAUGGUUAAAUAGAGAAAAAUCACGAACAUCUGCGUUAGAGCGGGAAAUGAAUAGAGAUAAAGAAGAAGCGUUUCGUGAGGCUAGAGAUAGGGAAAUUAUGUCUCGUCGAUUAGCUGAGUGGAAUGAUGAUUUAGAAGCUGAAGCAGGUGUAGAAGAAUAUUAUAAAGAUAGAUCAUCGUGGUUGCGACAUAGAGCAAUAUUUCGUACUAGAGAAAUGGAAAUGGAUGCACGUGAUCGAGCUUUAGAAGAACGUGAAGAAGUAGAAAAAUCCAAAGCUAGUACAAACGUUGAUUUUCUUUCCAAAAAGCAGGCUGCAGAAUAUAAACAUGCUGAAUCAGGAAUUAGUAAAGAUUCAGGAAUUGGUCCUAUUAGACUUACUCUUGGUUCUGCGAAGAAACAAACAGAUGUUCCAAAAAGAGUUGUUUCAGAAGUUGAAAAACUUCUUGAAGAUGAUGAUGAUCAUUAUACUGGAAACAAAAAACCUGUAUUAUUGCCUCUAGAAUAUGAUGAUACCGAAGCUGCUGAGGAUGAUGAAUCUAAAAUUAGGAGAAUUAAAGAAAUUGUUGCAUCCGUUCCCUCUGAAAAAGAGGGGUUAUGGAGUUGGUCUAUUAAAUGGGACCGAUUAACUGAAUCUAUUAUUGAGGAAAAAAUUCAACCAUUUAUUACAAAAAAGAUUGUCGAAUAUGUUGGUGUUCAAGAAGAUGAUCUGAUCAAGUUUAUUUUAGAUCAUUUACGAAAAAAGGGUAGUGCUGAAGAACUCGCAAAGGAGUUGGAGAUGGCUAUGGACGAAGAAGCUGAAUUGUUUGUUAAUAAAGUAUAUAGAUAUGUUAUUGUUAUAUCUGAAGCUUGUAUAUAG